UAAAGCAACCAAGAUACCCAAAGGGAUUCGAAUAUAUCAUUUCUUUCCGCUUUCCGUUUGGAUCUGUUCAAUGCUAACGUACGUUUUCACAUAUUUAAUAUGGUAUUUUCUUCAAGUUUUUACUGCAGGAAGAACGGAAAGGAGAAGUUUUCGUACAACUAUCUAUCGAUUGUUUUUAUUAAGUGCUGGCUGCCCACAAAAAUUACCAAGCACAAAUGCGGAAAGGAUAUUAUUAUCAAGCAUUCUUCUUGCUAACGUCACUUUAGUUGGAAUUUUCAGCGGUAUUCUGUACAAUAGUUUUGCUCAUGACAUGUAUUAUCCAGAUAUUGAAAGUCUUCGCGAUCUUGACGCUUCGGAAUUACCAAUAUUCUUGACUUCUGUCAGCCUGGGUGAUCUCUUCGAUAACUAUGAUGAUGGUAUCGAUUUGAUAUCGUCAAAACUUAUGCAAAACUUACGAAAGAAGAUGCAAUUUGGUGUAAACGCUGUAAGGAACACAGCUCAUUAUCAGAACAUUUCAGCAUUUGUAAGGAAAAGUUAUUUCCCUAUUAUCAACGAGGAAUUGAUCGAUGCAAACGGUGGACCAUUGCUUCAUCUUAUCAAGGAAUGCCCAGGUAAAUUCUACGUUGCGUACUUAUUGCCAAAGAAUUCGAUUUUGAACGAAAAAGUAAACACAUUAAUCAUUCAAUUAAAUCAAGCCGGCUUACCAUUAUUAUGGAAUCAACACAUUGUUCAUGCUUUUAUUAUUCAAAAGAAAUUGUUGGCUAAAAAAAAAUUAACUCAGAAUGUAAAGGACAAGGAUGGCUUCGUGUCGUUCAAUCUAUCUGAUAUGCAAUCAUCCUUCUAUAUGCUAUUGAUAGGAUUAUUCAUAUCUACAAUAGUAUUUUUACACGAAAAAAGAUGGCUAAAAACUAUUGCUGCGCACCGAAAAAUCAAGCUGCAAAUAUAAAUAAUGGACUUAUGUCUUUUUUGUCAAUUUUCACUUUUUUCUGGCAUUUCAAGGAUCAAAGUUGCUCGCAUAAAUAGUUUAAGAGGCUACAUACACCUAGAGACACCUAGAAUAAAAAAUAGGAAAAUAGUAAAAAUAGAAAAUCUUUUUCUCGAUCUUUUUUUCAAAACGUAAUGUAUGUAAUUAAUCCUAGUUUUUUUUUACUUUAAAAUACAUUCUUAAAACAUGUUUCAAAAUAAAUUUGAACUAAAAAUAUUUAAAAAUGGCGGAGAUAUUGUCCUUAUCGCAAGACCUUGUUGAAAAAAGAUGCUCCGCGGUACCAAUUGCAGCUCGUACAGGACUUAUCUGAAACAGAUCAGCCUAGAAUUUUCUUAAACUGUAUGAAAUUAUUUAGUCUUUAUCGUGGCUGAUUUUUAAAAUAUCGAUUUUUGGCAAAAUAGUGGCCGUUUAAAGAAAAAAAGCGAUUUUUUAGGAUAAAAAUUGCUCGUUUUCUUAACUAUAAAAAAAGUAAGGCCUCUAAAAAAACCGCCACGAUAAAGACUGCUUUUUUGUGUAGAUUAAGCCCUCCUAAUUUCAAGUAAAUCGGUCCAGCCAUUUCCAGCUAGAGAUAUUUUUGGUACACGAAAACAUGGUUUCGAGAAAAACGCGUUUGACAUUCAAUUAAAACGUAGAUAAUUUUUUUUCAAACUUACAUGAAAUCAUCCACUCCAGGGCCAUACAGUUAACCCUCUCCAGAUGUAGCGGCAUCAAAGGCUUCGGCGUAAUAUUUUUGCGUAAGCUACCAUACCUAUUGCGAAGGAUUAGGAUGUGCCCGUCGCGCCCCAGCGUUGUCGAACGCGCUUGGACUUUUUUCGCUAUAUUUUCGACAAUUUUCAAGGAAUCACUUUGAAACAUGCAGGGAAUUUUCUCAAGACCUUAUAUUUUACAAAUAUGCAAAAAACAAAAAAUGCAUUUUUCCAAAAUUUCUAGGUGUAUGUAACCCCUUAAGUGAUGUAUACGUAUUACGGAUACAAUGUUACAAACAAGAUAAAAGAUACUUUCUGUUUCUUUUCUUCUUUCAUCUUUUUUCUGCAAUUAUUUAAAACGUUUCAGAUAGGAUGGUAAUUGACUUCAACAUUUUAACUUCGAAGCUUUGGCAUUAAAAUCUUCGAAGAUAAACUUUGCAACUGUAGUUUUCGAAACUUUUAAGAGAAUCAAAAUUAUAUAAUUAUUAAUUUAAUAUGAUCGUAAUUCUAUUGCUACAGGUACUCAUUUAAAAAAUUAUAUAUUAAAUUUGAAAUCAAAUUCUAAUGUUAUAAUUGUGUUGUAUUAAAUUAUAAAAAGUAAUUUCAUUUAUUUUUAUCAAGUUUACGCUGCUAAUCACUUAAGGAGGUCUCGCGCUUUUUUAGUUAUGGACGUUAUUGUAGUAAUAUUUCGUUGUUUUUGUUGUUCUGGAGUCAAAUUGAGCGGACAUGCUCUCGACUUUUGUACCGUCGAUAAAUAAAUGCAGUUUUUUUUCGAAGUAGUCUUCCGUUUAUUUCCCCAUUACACAUAUCCGUGUUACAGUGCGAGUGAGUGCUAGGCGUCAUUGCCAGAGCGUAACAAUAUAUUCAAGAGAAAUAAAAAUUACUAUCCUAGGUAGUGUAACGUCCCAGCGUCCGGAAAAUUUUGUCCGGAAUUUUUCUCGUGAAACUUGUCCAAAUGUACGCGCGCUGAGUUAUCUUACUCACUUAUGCAUCUCUAUGGCUCUUACUUUUGUUUAAGUCAUUGCUAUAUAAUGAUGAUUAAAAUAUUAAACGCUAACUUAAUCUUACUUUAAAAUUAUGUAUACUCAUAUAUACCACAAACCCUACAUUAAUAUUAUAAUACACUUUAAGUUAUAUCUAAUACUAUACAUUUUAACUUUCUUUUUGGCACGAAUGCAUAGGCAAUCGAAUUAUUAUAAAUCCUAAAUUCUUAUUCUUGUUAAUAUCUUUACCACCAAUAUUGCUUAUGGGUUCGUCAACGAUUAAUUAACUUUAAGUAAAUAAGAACCGAAUAUUUGUAAAAGGCCCUCUGCACGUGCACCGUUAGAUAAAUUCUGUUAUUAAAGAAACGAUAUCUCGUCAACGCAACUAAAUACUUAAAGAUUUGCAUGAUCCGAACGGUUCCAAAACAAAAUUUAUUAUCAAUGCGACGGCGACAGAAUGUCGCGCCCUAAAAAAUACAAUACGACAAACCCGGUUAUGAAAUUAAUCCGCGUAACAUUUCGACUGCGUGUCGAAGGAUCAGGUGAACCAUAGCUAGGCGUUUCGCAUAAACAGUCCGUAGGAAGAAUAGAUAUCCAUUUCGCCUCGGCGACGAAAUGUCGCGCAUUUAAAAAUACAAUCGGCAGGGCGACCACGGAUCCUGUUUAUAAAAUUAAUACUUAACAAAAAAUAUUCCGCACCAACGAUGAAAGACCUAUUUGUAAAAUGCUAGACGAGAUAUCCGGCGGAGCACACGUGCAGAUGGUCUCACUCUUCUUUUCAGCGGCCCCCGAAACUCGGUUCCCGCCAAGUCGCCGAAUCACUCCCACUCUUGCCGACCCUUGCGCUUCGCGCGUGUUCCCUACUCCGGAGCGCUAGCGGCCGCUGAGCGCAGCGCCGAUUUUGCUCGAUUCCUUUGUUCGCGCUCUAUUUAAAUCAGCGCACAGAGGCCGGUCACUAUUCUUUAAUUUUUCGGUAGUUCUCAGUCACGUCACUUUUCGCGUCAGUCUUUAAUCUUCCAGUCAUUCUCGGGCACUAAUUCUGUAACUUCCGCAAUCGUAUAGUUUUCUCAGUCAUUCCAUUCUUGAGUUACAUUGAACUUGACUCUCCUGUCAAUUGUGUGUGCCUCAACGUAAACCCCAACGACUACUCUGCGCUAUCUCAACUCCGCAAUCGACUGCUCUUAAGUAUACUGAACCAGGUUCACAUCUCCAACAACAUUACUGCUUGUGAGUACUGCCUAAUUUCCUUUAUCUCUGCUCUUGGACCGACCGGCCCCGAAUAGUAGUUAAGUAAGUACGUCCCUCUCGGACAAAGCCGGCAUCGACAGUCAUAAUUAGUUAUAGUCGAGUCGAUUGUUACUGCGAAUACUGUUUCCGAACAUAUUAUCUUUGUGUUGUGCGAGCGGAGAGCCUCGUCGGCCUCUCGCCUCGUAUAGUAGAUUUUUAAAGUUUCUGUAUUUUCUUCGUCUUGAAUUCGUGUUUCCGUCUCUAUAGAAAAUAUCUGUGGAUUUAUUGUGUUUAGACAAUUUGAGUAAAGUCAGUUAAUUUCAUUGUUACCGUAUCGUCUAAUCACUUAAGAAAUAUAGUUUGACUCUUUAUUUAUUUAAAAAUUGAGUACCGAAUCUUUUCUGCGACUUGCCUCGAUCCGACAUCUCCACAUGUCCCAUCUAUUUAAGAAUCACGCCCCUCUACCGCUUCGAGUAAAAGAGCUACCGGCUUUAGUAACGCUUUCUCUUUGGUUACCGCAUUAUCGCUAAUUAUUGUGGCGCGAGAAUUCGUGCCUGACGCCCAAAAUAUAGAGUUUUGUGAAGAUACCGUUUACGCAAGUUACUGAUAUCGUUGAGAGAGCAUUCUCGAGCGAUAUAUUGGGGAUACCGUUUACGCAAGUUACCGCUAUCGUACCGAGAGCAUUCUCGAGCCAUAUAUUGAAGAUACCGUCCCGCGAUAUCGUUGGGGAAACUUUUCAAGUUCCAUUUGGGGGAUACCGUUUUCCUAAACUACCGAUUUUAGUUGAGAAAGCGUUACUCGUUACUAUCAAUAAAGGUUACCGUUUAAUUGAGCGUAGCCCCCUCGGACCUGGCGGUUCCCAAGGGAAAGCAACGUCGCAAAUUUUGGCGAACAAAUUUGGAGAACAUCUUCCGAUAUUUUAAAAAAUUUUUUUGAUAAUAAUAAUAACGAGGACGAAAAGACCAUAAGAACUUACUGCCGAUCUACUCCCAAAUAACAGUGAAAUAAUUGCUCCAGAUAUAACUCCCUCCUUCCCCUGUGCCGUGAUGAACUCAGCGCAGCAACCCAAAGUGAGUAAAUUCCAGUAACUGAGAAUAUUAAAUAUUGCUGGUAAAUUUGAACCCGGAUAUACCCGUGCUCUAUUACCGUAGAUUCCGCCAGCAAGCGUUCAAUCGCUUGCCAGCGAUAUAAGUUAGGAAACCAUAGAUUCCGCCAGCAAGCGUUCAUCGCUUGCCAGCAAAGUAAGUCGAGCGAAUAAAAUACGAGCACGAGUAUACCUGGCGGCCCUAAAUUGCCGAAAGAAACGCUUAGCUAAGCGUCCAGCCGCUUGAUAGAGCAUUUUUCGUUCUCGUUAUAGAUAAUAAACAAGAAACGUCACCGCGCCGGAAAGAGGAAAAGAGAAAGAAUCUUAAAGAAACAAUAAAGAGAAACAACUCUAGAACGGGCUUUUAAAGAUAUCGAGAGUUUCGUGGGCUACCCGCUGGAACGCCCCUCCACCCUCCUCCUGCAACCAGAACCGACUUUUCUCCAGGAAGAGCAAUUUCUCUUCUCGACCUCUCACAGGAAGAUACCAUUUCACUACGACAAUAUCACGAACUCCGGAACCCUGAAGUUAUCAUCCUUAACGACUCCGACGAAGACGCUCCCGUCACAGACCAUUCCCAAUCCACACAGUUAGAACCAUUAGACCCUACAACAGAUUACAAUAGCGCUACAAUUUCACAAAUAAUCAUAUUUCCUCCGCCCGAAAUUUAAAGGAACCCCGUUGACACUUGUAACAAUAAUUAACACCAUACAUUAUUUUAUUAAUAGAUACGUAUAAAACAUGUACGUGUAUGUGGUAUUUGUCUAUGUAUUAUUAUAGAACAUUUAUAGCGUUUACUUGCGUUUAUAUAAAUUUUACAUAUGCAUAUAUCUAUUUGUAAUAAGCGGAAUAUAUGAAGUAUUUGUAUUCUAAUAACAACGUAAUUUUCUCAGUUAGAAUUUUGUAGUAUUAUAAAUUGCUUUGUUACACAUUAAGGUUGUAAAAAAUCAUCCCGUA